AUGCCGUCAUCUUCAGAUACCGGAGUGUCAGACACCCUGGAUCCCAUGGCGAUAGUCUCGGACGACGAGAUCCUACCUGAGAGUGAGGUUCAUACAUCGGAUACUACGAGCACUGAUGAGGACGACUUCCAGCCAUUUGCCCUACCGGACGAUGCGCCUUUAGCUGAUGGUCCUUUCGACGGGGAUCUACCUCUCAUUCCGAUCCCUGCUCCUAUCCCCCUUACUGCUUUUCCCUUAGAGGAUUUACCUCUCGACGCGUUACCAGAUGACGAUAUCGACCUUUUCAUUGAGGGUCCCCCGGAGGGUGACCAGGAUGGAGGGGCCCCUAUGGAGGACGAUAUUCCGGUUGACGACCCUGUAGUUCCUAUUGUUGAGGUUCCUGCCGCUGACGCGGUUGUCUUGCCACCUGCUGAGGCUCUUAUGGGGGAGGCUCCUUCUGAUUCGUCUGGUCCAGACUCGUUUGAGUCUGUGGCAUCCGCAUCUAUUCACGACCAGGGCGUGCAGCACUACUCUCCUGACGCAGACUCGGACAUGGCGAUGUCUGUUGCGCCCAUCGUUCCCCAUGACGUCGACCCAGAUCCUGAGGUCGAGUUUGUACCUUCUGACCCAGCUCCAGCUGAUCCAGAACUCGAGUUAGCUCCAGAGCCUGAUCACGUCGAUGCACCAGCCGUUGUACCACCGGUUCCUGAUGUUCCUAUUGUUGAUGCGCCCGUUAUUGCACCACCUGUUGUCGACCAUGCACCUUUUGCCACACAUAUUGAUCCCAGAUAUGUUGACACCCUUAAUGGGUGGAUAGAGGAUGUUGAUGACUAUCCUCCAUUUGUUGUACCAGUCACACCCACUGCUGCACCUGUCUUUGCACCUCUUGAUGUUCCCCAGUUUCAUCCACACAUAUCUGAUGUCCACCGCACAGACUUACCCAUCACUUUCCUCCAGGACAUACCCCCUCCCCAUCCAGGGGAAGGACCUUCCACACAGCAGCCCGAUCACAUGCCACCCAUGACAGCAACCCUUCCACCUAUGCCCUCUUUUACACCGGCUGCACACACCAUAUCUCCCUUUGCACCCUUAGGCGAGCCGUUCCUGUGGACUUCGCCCCAUGUCAUGCCUCUUUCAGACCCAUAUCAUCCUUACCAUGUUGGAUAUACCACAGAUGACAUACUCAUAUCCCUGCAGUUACAGCAGGAUGCGUUGAGCCGACGAGUCCAGGAGCUGGAGAGGACUCCGUGUCCUCCCCCUUGUUAUUGUCAGUCUCCUUUUGCUACACCACCAGCUCCUCUUUCACUACCCCCUGAUUCUGAUGUUCGCUUCCUUACUCCUGAGCAGCAGAUUGCUUACCUGUUGCGCGUUAUCCAUGCACUUGAGGAGGAUUGGGUGCGUUUGCGCCGUUUAAUUUUCUUCCCUCCUCCUCCUCCUCCCCCACCAUCAGCUUGA